GGUGGUCAACAGGGCAGACCAAACCAGACAAACAAGAGAAAGAGAAACUCUGAAUUCUGAAACUGAAGAGAGAAAAAGAAAAAAGAGGUGUACUACAAGACUACAAGUCUACACAACACACACCAGCAAAAGAGACAGCAUUUCCCAAGAAACCGCCCUAAAGCUUUUCCAAAGAUUUCUCAUUUGUUUUUCUUUUCCUCCUGCGAAUUUUUCUGCUCCAGAUGAGCAAGAGAAGUUAAUGGUUUUGGCGAGAUUUGCGUGGGAAAUGACUAGGAGUAGGUGUUAGGACCACUCAUAAAUUCUGCCUGUUCUUUUUCAGAUCUGCGCUCCGUGCUUUUGCUUCGCCAAACGAAAAGAAAAUUCUGUCCACCCAGGACACUGUCUUCUCUCUCUCUCUCUCUCUCUCUCUCUGCUUCGAGUUCGUCGAUUCGGUUCAAAUCACUCGUCUCGUAGUCAUAGAUAGAUGGCUCGUCUCCUCAAUCCAAUCUUGCCGCUCUCCGGGCUCACAGUUUCUUGAUUUCCCCAUUCUUUUUUCGUUUCCAAAGUUUUUUUCUUCUUUUUUGUUGUUCUUUGUGUUGAUUUCUUCCUCUGCGAGUCCACUCCCAGUCCAGGGUCAGAAGCUUGCUGUUGAAUUCCACACUGUUGAAGCACAACUCGAGUUUUUCUCAUCAAAUUUCAUCUUUUCUUCUGUUCUUUUCCCUCUCUCUCUUUUUGUUUUGGCUUAAAUCUUACUAGAGUUCAUCACAGCUUCCCACACUCGUUUUCCCGUCUCGAUUUCAUCAGCUGAGGUCGGCACUUGCUCAUCUUUGCCGAUUUGUUUCUUCUCGAGAGCCUACAAAAAUUCUCCCUCUCUUGAUUUCCACAAGCUUGUUUGAUAUUUGCUCGUCCCAAAAUGGGGAACGCGUUCCGGUGCAUGUCGCGCAAGGAGCACCGCGGCGGCGGCGGCGCGGCGGUGUCGCGGAGCAAGCGGAUGGGGAGCGCGCGGUCGGGGCGCGGCGGUGGCGGCGGGAAGCUGACGCCCGCGGAGGAGGAGCUCCUGCACCGGCAGGCGCUGGCCAUGGCCAUCCACCAGCACCUCGACGCCGGCGGCUCCAUGUCGCGCCGCAUCGACGCCGGCGGCUCCAUGUCCCGCCGCAUCGGCCCUGGCUCCACCAGCUCACGCCGCCGCGGCGACCUCCCGGACUCCGUCACCGGUGCCAAGCCCGUCCAAAUCGUUUUAGAGAACUUAGAAACCAAGAAAAUUGUUCUUGUUCAUGGAGAAGGGUUUGGUGCUUGGUGUUGGUACAAGACCAUUUCUCUCUUGGAGGAAGCUGGUCUUGAUCCUAUUGCCUUAGAUCUCACAGGUUCUGGUAUAGACAAUGCUGACACAAACAGCAUAGCUACAUUAGCAGAUUACUCCAAGCCCUUAAUCGACUACCUCAAUAAACUUCCUGAGAAUGAGAAGGUUAUUUUGGUCGGCCAUAGUUGUGGAGGUGCAAGUGUGUCAUAUGCGUUAGAACAAUGCCCCAAAAAGAUAUCAAAGGCUAUAUUUCUUACCGCUACAAUGGUAAAAGAUGGCCAGAGGCCCUUUGACGUGUUCUCUGAGGAACUCGCAUCUGCAGAUGUUUUCUUGCAAGAAUCACAGCUUUUAAUUUACGGAAAUGGUAAGGACAAGCCUCCUACUGGGCUCAUGUUUGACAAACAGCAGAUCAAGGGGCUAUAUUUCAACACCAGUCCUUCCAAGGAUACCGUGCUGGCUGCAGUGUCCAUGAGGCCCAUCCCUCUAGCCCCAAUCAUGGAGAAGCUCUCCCUCACCCCAGAAAACUAUGGCACCGUCCCACGCUACUUCAUCCAGACGCUCGAUGAUCGAAUGCUCUCGCCUGAUGUCCAGGAGAAGCUGGUCAGGGAGAACCCGCCCGACGGGAUCUUCAAGAUAAAGGGUGGCGACCAUUGCCCCUUCUUCUCGAAGCCGCAAUCCCUCAACAAGAUCUUGCUUGAGAUCGCUCAGAUUCAAGCUCCGACGGCGCUGCUCCCAGGCAAGGCGAAGACGGAGGCGAUAGAGGCAACAGAGGCUAAGACAGAAGAAGAGAAAACUGAGAAAUUAUCAUGACUUUGUAUUGUGUAUGUACAUGUAAGGGUAGUAGCACAUAGGUUGCAAACAGGAGGAAAUACCAGGAUCAAUUGAAACCAGUCGGCUGCCAGAAUAAUAAUGUACCAGUAGGAAGACGAAAAAAUGUUGUUCUUUUUUCUUCUUUUGUGAUCAAGUAUAGAGAAUGAGCCUAUGAGAGAUCUUCAGUCAGAUAUAUGUUUAACCUUGUGAAUUACAGGUUCUUCAGUCUGAACAUUUUCAUCUUGCAGUCUCUUGUCAGGUGCAAUGUGCCAAUGCCCCA